CUUUGGACGUUGAAGAGACACUUUUAUAUGAUAUAGCCUUAAAUAAAUAUAAAGAAGUAAACUUAACUGAAGAGAAUAUUAAAGAAAUCCUGAAAGAUAACGAUGUUGAGACAGGAAAGAUUCAACUAGUACACCUAGGAACCUUUAGAACUGUUGAUAAUAUACAGGAUGAAUUGUUUCAAACUCCUGAUACUGAUGACCCUAUUGCACACGUACUCUUACAUCCAAAUGUAAAACCAAUUCUUCCAAAAGGUUCAUCAAUUUAUCAUGUUAGUAAAGAAUUUGGAACGGCUACGAUGGAUGGAUUAGAACAUGUUGUUACAGCUUUGGCGCAGGGACAAUCUAUAAACUGCCGAUUUUUAUGGAACGUUGAUAUCCUCAGCGAUAAUCCAUCACAAUUCCGAAAAUUUUGGGUUUACCUAAUUGGACCCGCAACAAAUCAUCCACUUUUUGAUUUGACUUUUCAAGCAUCCAGUGCUCUUGAAAUAUAUUCAGCGCCACAAGGAUUACCUCUGGAAUGGUACACUCUUGUAAUUGAUAGAGCCCAAACAAUAACCUUUGUUUCUGAAACCAUGGCAAAAGAAAUGGUAGAAAGAUCUUUGGAUUCUCGUGCAAAGAAAUUAAUUAUGCCGAGCAUUGUUCAUCGUGCAUCAAAAGGUCAUUGA